UGGGUUGUGGCACCAUCAGGUUCAAAGAUGCAUUAAAAUUGGAAACAGCGGGCAUAAUAAGACGAGGUUUAGCACCAGUGCUCUAUUCGCACUUCACUUCUUUUCGGCUUUUCCUUCGGGUUCUAUAUUCCCUUUCACUCUUUUUUUCUUCUUGAAUGCCCAGUAACAACAACCCCUUCGAACCCCCCUCCUCCGCCUCUAAUGGGGUCCAUACCCUCAGACAAGCUUUCCCCAACGUCGACCCAGAAAUCAUUGACGAUGUCUUACUGUCAGUGAACGGGAAUGUUCAAGAUGCUUUUGAAUGCGUUUUGCACAUGACAGAUCCUCAAUCAGUAGCCGGCGGUUCAACUAUCAAGGAAUUGCCACCGAUUCCUCCACCCGUACCACAUCGAAGAGAAAGCAGAAGUUGUCGCAGUAAUCCACCUUUUCUGAACGGCUCCCGGACGACUACUAGAGCUCGACAGGAUUUAGCACAAUGGCGACAGCAACUCUCAGAAGAGAGUCGGCAGCGAAGGCAAGACGAAUCCAGAGAACACUGGCGCACAUCGUUUGGCACUGCAAGAUCGGACACACCAUCCUUCUCAUCCACAAUACCCCAGCAUUGGAAAAGUAAGUCGUUGUUUUUUUGUUUUCCCGCCUUUGUCGCUAUAUGUUUCGUCAAUGGUAAGCUAAAACCAAUCAAACAAAAAUUAGAUUACAGCAAUGACCGCGGAACAACUAUAGGACAUCUGAUAGAAGCAGCGGGAAACGAAUACGCGGCUGCAAUAAAAAAGGCAAACACGUACUACAACCAAACCGUGGUAAAUGCUACUGCUGCUACUGCUGCUGCUGUUACUGCCGCUGCCGAUCCAUCAACAUAUCUUAGUCCAAAUGGCCGCUCCAGAGGCAGUAGCUGCUCUUUCAACACUCAACAACGUUGCCGCAGCGAUUCAGCAUUAGGCUCUAAUACCGCCACCACCACCAGACGUACCGCGGCUGCAACACCGACAACAACCACGACAGCUGCCCCCGUCCGUUCCGCAACACCUACACCUCCAUCCACCACACGUACUAUCCCCGGUGAUCGCAACCGCCCUCUCCCCACGCCCCCACAGCAAAGCGCUAGCAGUAGCUCUGUAAAUCCGUUUGAUCCAAUGAUCACUGCAAACGACGAGCUCCCUCCUCCUUCUUACGAAGCCCACGUCCGUGACAAAUAUGUUGAACCCCACGAUGUAGAUCGUAUCAUACAGGCGAAUGCCCAACCGUCCCGAUCAUUGUAGUAACUCCUGCCUCCUUUGCAAUUUUUACCAAAAACUAUAUCACUCCUUCCUUCUUUUCUCUUUUGCGAAUAUUUCGUCUUUUACUUUGGCUUUUUUUAACAAUAAUACACCGUGGUCACUUUGUCGUUUUCAUCGGUUUGGACGUUGAGCCGGUUGGGAAUAUAGUCUCUAGUUGCAGGCGUUGUCGGUCCCAGGACUCUGCUAACGUUCGGAAG